AUGGAAAUGGACACAAGUAAUAACCAAACCACCAAUGGCACGACCACCAAUACUAGUUCCAGCGGCCGGCCACCAUCAUGGGUGUGGGUCCUCGUAGCACUCGCCUCAGCAAUAACGAUCGGAGUUCUCCUAUUCGGCCUGUACCAAUUCAUAAGACGCCGGCGGGCCCGAAGACGAGACGGGGACCCAGAGGGCGCCACCACCGACGCGGCCUCAAGAGGAGGCGGAUCGACACGAGGCUCCUCCCGGCCGUGGAACCGCCGCCGCCGCAGCCGGAGGCACGACCACCACUCGCAGCCCGCGUCGCGCUGGGGCUGGGUGUACCCGCACACGAACCGGGCGUCGACGCAGUCGUCCGAGGGGCUCAACGAGCUCGGCGAGGCGCCGCCGCCGUACAACGAGGACGACCUCGAGUGCCCGCCGGACAUGGCCGAGGUCGUCCACAUCCCCGGCGAGGGGCCCUCGCGCGUGGCCUCGCGGCAGGACCGCGCGUCACUGUUAGGAGGAGGGGGAGCGAUCGGGCCGGCCUUGUCGGCGGCUCAUCCUGAACCCCCCACGUAUGAUUUCGCCAUGAACUUGAGCACGACGUCGGUGCAGCUGCCGCCGCCUGCGGUGGUGGUGUCGCCGCCGCAGGAUUCUUGA